AACUUCCUGUUCAUGUUGGCAAGUACGCUGAAUUCGUGUGUUGUUGUUGCGCCGCGAGCAUUUCCCAGCAUAAGUGACCAAAGUUGAAAGUAUAUAUUUGCAUAUAUACAUAUAAAUAUCUAAGCGUACAUAUAUAUAAAAUAAGUUUGUUGUCUGUAGUGCUUACGGUGCCUUCAACGGUUGUAGAAACUCUAUCUAUCUGAUGCUCGCUCUUCUUAGUGGAUUUCUUUAAAAAAACAAAAAUAAAAACACAAACAACUUUCAAAACUUUGCUUCUUCUACAACAAUAACAGCAACUACAGCAAAAACGAAUACAGGCACAGCACGAACAACAACUGUUAGCAGUCACAACAAAAAUACACACAUACACACACAGAACACACUCACACAUACAUACAAAAUUACACACACACACACACACACAAACAACCAGACAAAUAUCCGCACUCCAGCAUAUUCGCAGCUGCAAAUCUCAACGGAAUAUUUACUGAAGAACCAGAGAGUUGGGAGAGCCACCGCAAGUGCAUUUUGCUAGCCAGUGUUGCCACACCCACACACACACACAGAAAGCCAGUGCCGAAAAAACAGAAAGGGGAAAAAAUAGUAAAACAAAAUGGCGGCGUUCAUAGCGAAACAGAUGGUUGGAAACCAAUUAAGUGCCGUUAAAGAUGCUGCAGGCGGCGGAGGUGAUGGCGGCGAUGAUGGCGACGAUAAGGAAAAGGCAGAGGAGGAGGAGAGAGAGCGCCAGGAGGCCAUACGUGAGGCCGAAGACCGGCGCAAGGAGAAGCACCGGAAAAUGGAGGAGGAGCGCGAAAAGAUGAGACAGGAUAUACGCGAUAAGUACAACAUCAAGAAAAAGGAGGAAAUUGUCGAGGCAAUGCCACAGGAGGAGCCCAAUCCGCUGAUGCGAAAAAAGAAGACGCCCGAGGAGCUCGCUGCCGAGGCCGAGCAGGAGGAGCUCGACGAUUUUACAAAACUGAAAAAUCAAAUAGAAACGCAAGUAAAUGAGCUAAAAACUCAAAUAGAGGGAAAAUGUGUCAUGCAGUGAUAUGUCAGUCAUCAUAAAA